AUUUAAAUUACAAUGGAGCCCAGUGUUAUUGAAUUUAUUGGCGAGAAGUCAACCAUAGGUAUUGUGCCCAACUUUUCAUUUGAUCCUUUGCAUUUGAUAUCGGGUAGCGUGGGACCAUUCCGUGCUGGUCUCCCGGUGCACGUGCCACUCUGGCUCGGCAUACAUCUACGCAAACAACAAAAAUGCCGUAUUGUGCCACCUGAGUGGAUGGAUAUGGAGCUGUUGGAGGAAAUCAAGGAAGCGGAAAAGAAAUCAAAGUUCUUCACAAAGAUGCCGAGUGAACAUUACAUGGUUGAGGCACAGCUGAUUAUGAGUACGGCACCCGACGAUGUACCACGAUGUGAAGAGCUGCGAACGAUUAUCAAAGAUAUAUUUGAUAUACGUGAGUCUAAAUUACGCACUUCCAUUGACGCAUUCAUCAAAGGCGAAGGCACAUAUGCCAAGUUGGAUAACUUAACACUGUUGGAAAUACAUACCGUACGUCCAAUUCUGCCGCAUUCAUUGGAUCAUAUUGCGCGUUACCAACGAACGGCAAUGGCAACUCAACGCGAUACGUCCUCACUAGGAUUGAGUAAUUCGAUGAACACAAUAAUAUUGUCGCGAAAGGACUUUUAUUUGGGUGUAAUUUUGGCUUAGCUUCAUUAAUCAAUCACGGUACUUUUCGGUCUGGCAGCCUUGC